UGGGAUGUACCUAGACAGACUCGAAUGGAAAAUCUGUGUCGACACCAAAACAUGAAGCUCCAGAUCCUGCCCGCUACCAGCCACCUAUAGCCAGUCGCAAAGACGAGAAGGAAGGGGAAAAGGCAGGGAAAGUCUCCAUGCCAUGAAGAGUCAGUGGGGCGUCUUGAGCCGGCGGCUAUCCAUAGGCGGGGCUCGGCCGACGGCGCACCACGGCUGGAGAUGUCAAUCAUGUCGCGGCGGCCAGACGCGGCGCAAGCCGUUUAGCACCACCGCCGCCGUCCGUGACAGCGACAGGGAUGGCGAUGGUAAGCCGUACUAUGUGACGACGCCCAUCUUCUACGUCAAUGCCGCGCCUCAUGUCGGCCACCUGUACAGCAUGGUGAUCGCCGACGUGCUCAAGCGAUGGAAAGUCCUGAAGGGAGAGCGAUCGUUCCUAAGCACCGGUACGGACGAGCACGGGAUGAAGGUGCAGCGCGCCGCCGAGCUCCAGGACGUCCAGCCGACGGCGCUCUGCGACGCCAACUCGGAGAUCUUCCGGGACCUCGCGAGGAGGGCCGACAUAUCUAACGACUGCUUCAUCCGGACCACGGACCCGGCGCACCGCGAGGCCGUCGAGCACUUCUGGGCGCGGCUGCGCGAGGGCGGGCACAUCUACGAAACGAAGCACGAGGGGUGGUACUGCGUCGGCGACGAGACCUUCUACUCGGACAAGAUGGUGGAGAAGCGCGUGUCGCCGCAGACGGGCAAGCCGUUCACGGCGUCGAUCGAGACGGGCAACGCGGUCGAGUGGACCGAGGAGCGGAACUACCACUUCCGCCUGACCGCCUUCCGCGAGCCGAUGCUGCGCUUCUACGCCGACAACCCGAACUGGGUGGCGCCGAGCAGCCGCUUCGCCGAGGUGAUCGAUUGGGUCAGCAACCACCUCGAAGACCUUUCCGUGUCGCGCCCGGCGAGCCGGCUCAGCUGGGGCAUCCCCGUGCCCGACGACCCGAGCCAGACCAUCUACGUCUGGGUCGACGCGCUGAUCAACUACAUCACGGUGACGGGGUACCCGGGGUGGCAGCAGGGGACGGGAGCCUGGCCGGCGGACGUGCACGUCGUAGGCAAGGAUAUCUUGCGCUUCCACGCCGUAUACUGGCCGGCGCUGCUGAUGGCGGUCGACCUGGCGCUCCCGCGCCGCAUCCUCAGCCACGGGCACUGGCUCAUGGAGCGGCAGAAGAUGUCCAAGUCGACGGGCAACGUGGUGAACCCGUUCGGGGCGAUCGACCGCUGGGACACGGACGUGCUGCGCUACUUCCUCGUGUACCACGGGUCCGUCGCGAACGACGCCAACUACGACAACGGCCUCAUCCUCGAUCUAGCCAAGAAGGGCCUCCAGCGCGGCCUCGGGAACCUGCUGAACCGCAUCGUGGGCCCGAAGCUGUGGGACGUUAGCUACGCGGUGGCGAAGAUGACGGGUGACGAAGACCGUCCCGGUCUGGCGUUCCUACGCCUGCCGGCAUCUGUCGACGCCCAUAAAGCGCGCGUAGAGGCGAUCACGGAUAAGGUGCAGGCGCACAUGGACGAGUUGGAUCCUACCGGGGCGCUAAAGGAGAUUAUGGAGCUCAUCUUCGAGACGAACAAAUUUGUACAGGAGACGUCACCGUGGGUGGCGGCGGGGACUGGGCGGAAGAGGGAGACAGACCUGAUCGUGUUCUACGCGGCGGAGUCGUUGCGUGUCGCGGGCAUCCUGCUGCAGCCGUUCAUGCCGAACAAGGCGAAUGAGCUGCUCGACCGCCUGGGCGUGAGCCGCGAAACGCCGCGGCGCUCGUUCGCAUUCGCGCGACUGCAGGCGGACAACGCGUACGGCAAGAGUCUAAUAGAGACGGGCAAGGGGGCGUGGAAGAGCCUGUUUCCACCAUUUAAAGUGAGUGAUUGAUGGCCUGCCCUGCCGGAGGUAAGAGAAGAUGGGGAUGCAGGUGAAAAUGACGAGACAAGAGGCCAGCUCUCCGUUGGAGAACGUUCUGUGUAGGCGUAUUCCCACACUACGCUGGGCUACGCCAUGGUUUAGAUACCCCUUGGGUGCGGAAUCCAGUACAAGCCCCCCCCUGCCCUCCCAGCCAGCUCACGAGAAGGACAUGUCUGGUUUGUAGACGUCACAUUAAACAGCCCAUCUGGGAGGAAUCCGAAUAAGCGACGGUAAGAGUCUGGUUAUAGCCAACCGGUAAGAAGACGUAGCCGCUGAGUACAGGGACGAAUGCAAGGACAAGCGUAGGUAGGUACCUAUAUACCUAUGUUAUCCAGC